UGUUGUCUACGUUCAUACCGAAGCCACCGACCCAGCAAGUACGCAGUUGAUAUCUGUAAGUCUAGAUAAUUCUGCUGGGCUCACCUUGGCGGAUGGUGGCAGGCGUUUGAUAAAUUCAGGUUCGUUCAACAAGUUCAUCUUGAUGACACCACAAAAUAUUGAUCCUACUGUGAGCGACUACUACAUUUUUGUCAACAAAGUGGCCGGAACAGGAAAGACUCAGAACAAGAGCCUACCAGUUAUAGUUCGCAAGAACAUAAUCAUGUUGAUUCAAACUGACAAGCCCAUUUACAAACCUGGAGACACAGUAAUGGGUAGAGCAAUCGUUCUUGAUCGUCACCUAAAGUCUGCUGCAGGAGCUGUUUCAGUCACCAUACAGGUCUACAUUAUAGUUUUUUUCUAAUAAAAAUAAUUUUGGUUUUAACUUCAGUAAUAGUUUAAUUUUCUUAGAAUCCAAGUUCUUACACAAUGGGACGAUAUUCUAAUCUCACGCUCGAUUACGGUGUUGCAGAUUUCGACUUUCCUAUAUCAUCAGAACCCGUUCUGGGAACACAUCGGGUGUGUUCUACCUAUGAGGGUUCUAGAGAAAGACAGCAAUCAUGUUUAACGUUUGAAGUUAAACGUUAUGUUCUUCCAAAAUUCUCUUGUAUUAUUACCCCUACAGAUGAAGUCCUUUCUUGCCCAAUAAGAACUGUCUGCUUUUCGAUUUCAGCAAAAUAUACAUAUGGGCAAAGGGUUGAGGGAACGAUAUCAGCGUUAGUGGUACCUAGUUUCACGAGGAAUCAAUGCCUUCGCAGACAGAUUAUGCGGAAGAAAAUUUAUGGACAAACUUCGAUGUGCGUUGACGUCUGCUCUAAUGGAUAUUUCUGUGGAGGAGACGCAGUGAUCGAGGUCAACAUAACUGAUUCCUCGUCUGAUACCACUGUCCAAUGCAAAGGACAGACCCGUGUACCUAUCAAAUAUUUUCCCUACAAACUCACAAUUAUGGAUGACAAUUACAGUUUUCACCCUUGUCAUGCUAUAGUACUAAAAGUGGCUGCUUCAACUGGGUCUGGAAAACCAAUAAUGGUAAAUGUUAGCUUAGAUGUUUCCUGGGAUGAAAAGAACAAACAGUCAUGCAAAGCAAACAGACGACGUUCAUUGGAUCGCCAAUACCGACCUACAGACACCAGAGGGAUAGCGACUUUCUCGGUCUGUAUGCCUUGUAACGCACUGAGUGUGAGCUUUUAUGCGUCUGCAGUGACAGAGACAUACGAAACCAAUCCGUUCUCUCGGGCAUACAGCAUUCGAAGCUUCAUUUAUUCUCCAGGAAGAAUUGUGUUAUCAAGCAAAAAGAAGAAAUUGCAGAUUGGGGAAUCAGCAAAUAUUACGGCUUCAUUUUCUAUUGCAGCAAUGGCGGAUUAUUACGUUGUUUACGAUGGAAAUAUUGUUGACCACGGUCGUUGCUUACCAAAAAGCGACAGAAAAGCUAGCAAAAAGCACAAACAGUUGUGUAAAACAGGAGGAAUUAGAAGAACUUGCUACAUUUCGUUUGCUGUUAUGUUAUCAAUGGCUCCAAGGUUUACUUUGAUCGUUAGUCAGAAGGGGCUCGCUGCUUCAUGGAUUGCUUUUGAAGUCAUUCAGAGUCGCGACUCUGCGAUAUCGGUACAAUUUCAGCACAAAAAAGUAAAGCCCGGAGAGAAAACUAAUCUGCUGAUUAAAGCACCUCCAAUGUCAUACGUGGGCGUGGUAGCAGUAGAUCAAAGCGUUUACAUUCAACAGGACAAAAAUCAACUAACGACUUCCAAAUUAGAUCAAUACUUUCAGUUUGAUUACGAAGGAGUAGACAAGGUUGGUGCUGACAAGUACGUGUGCGAUUGGUCCGUGUACUGGGAUUGUCGUUGUACGUGUUACGGACCAUACCCAAGACCGACGGGUCAAGCUGAAGGAGACGUACACACAACUAAUUUCCCUACGGUCGAAGUUGAUUCUUCGGCUAGUAUAUCGGACCAAAGCGGAAACAACAGAGAUCUACGUAGACCUAUAAGAGAUGUUGGCAGGAACAAGAGGCAAGAGUUACAUAUUCCACCCGGCAUUGUCUACCCAGUUGCACCAAAGAGAAAUAUUAGCGAAAGGUGCUGUCCGCGAAACUGCACAGCAGUACACUACCCUAAGAAAUAUUGCUGGUAUUACAAAGCAAGCAUAAAUUUAUUGUUAUCUGGAAUUCAACUGUCUGACAGUGAAACGGCACCAAUGGCUUGCCAGAAACCAAAUCUCCCACCUAAGCCUAACGUCACCUACGACUGUUGUGAGGCAAUGAUUGUAAUGUAUUUCCCUGGCAUUACCUUGGAAGGAGAAAGAUAUCCCGAGGUUGUACAUAACAUUCCAACUGAUGAAAGCGAUGAUGUGGUAAGUCCGUCUCGUGUUCGAACACACUUUCCUGAAACUUGGUUGUGGUUUGCCCGAAAAAUUAGAAACAACACAUUGCAUGAGGAAGUUACUGUUCCCGAUACAAUCACAUCAUGGGUAGCAGAUGCCUUCGCUGUAUCUCCUUCACACUCAAUGUCGAUCGCAAGUCCGGCAACUCUGACCGUCUUCAAGCCAUUCUUCAUCACUAUCAAUCUGCCCUAUUCAGUCAUACGAGGAGAGCUUGUAGAGAUUACUAUCACCGUCUACAACUAUCUUGAAACCAGAUUAACCGCUUUUGUUGACGUACACGUAGAUAAGAACGACGCCCGACUAGUGCGAGAAAAACGAUACAAAUCUGUGUUGAAUCAGCAAACAAGGAUACUUGAGCUUCUGCCUGGAUACGGAAAGUUAAUGUCUUACUUACUUUUGCCUCUGAGAAACGGCCACUUGCCAAUACGGGCAACCGCCAGAUCUACACUAGGAGCAGACAGCCUAGUAAGAAACCUACUGGUCGAACCGGAAGGCGUUAAAGAAGAGCAUUGCCAGUCAUCACUUCUGUGUUUGGAAGAUGACGAAAAUUAUACAUCUAACCUUCGUGGUAAUGAUACCAAUCAUACCAUCACAUACGUCUUCAAUGCAUCACUGCCACCCAAUUUUGUUCCUGAUUCGGAGAGUGCAGUAAUCUCAGUAACAGCAAAUUACAUGGGACCGACGAUUGAGGGUUUAGAAAAUUUACUGCGAUUACCGACAGGUUGCGGAGAACAGAACAUGCUCAAUUUUGCUCCUGCCGUCUAUAUCGCCCGCUACCUUGACACAGUCGGUCAACUCGAUGAAGUCACCCGAAAGAAAGCUCUUCUAUUCAUGCAAACAGGAUAUCAAAGAGAAAUGACGUAUCAACGAGAAGAUGGAUCCUAUAGCGCUUUUGGAAACAGUGAUCGCUGCGGCAGCAUGUGGUUAACAGCUUUUGUGUUGAGAUCAUUCGGUCAAGCAGACGGUCUAAUUGGAAUGUCAAUUGAUGAACGGGUGCAGAACAAAGCUGUUCAAUUUAUCAAGAACAACCAGAACGCAGAUGGCUCAUUUCCUUCUAUCUGUAGUCCAAUACACAAGGAAAUGCAAGGAUGCAGCGGUGGUAAUUGCUCUCUAACGGCUUACGUCACAUUAGCUCUCUUAGAAGCAGGAAUAGCUCCAAAAGAUGAGACUAUCAGGUUGGCUCUUUACUAUCUAUCAAAAAGAUGUGUAUCCUUCAACUGUAACAGCCCGUACAAUCUCGCUCUAAUUGCUUUCACGCUGUCCAGAGCUGUAGGAUAUGACGAAGAAACAGACAAAGCUUUAAAGACUCUUCAAAAAUGUGCCGUUAAAGUAGGCGACCACACUCACUGGCAGUAUUCGAUUGAUAAAACAUGUCAUAACCCAUGGCCAUGGUCUUAUUACUGCCGGACAAGGUCAUGUGACGUCGAAGCGACCGCUUACGCGUCAUUGGCAUUUAUCGAUCGAGGAAACAUUGCUUACAGCUUACAAAUAGUCCGUUGGUUGAUCAAACAACGUAAUCCUCGCGGAGGAUUCAAGUCUACUCAGGACACGAUGGUUGCUCUUCAAGCUCUCUCUGAGUACGCCAAAUUAACGGUGUCUGAUGGGCGUGUCGUUGCAAGAGUAUCGCUGAAUGCUAAUCAACUCACAGAAACUCUAUCACUUGACCCAUCAAAUGCCAUGCAAGUGCAAACCAUCACACUGACAAGCCUGCCAACACUAGUUAACGUUACAGCAAACGGUAGAGGUUGCAUAUUGGCAUCAGUUGGUGUUAAGUACAACGUACCUAAACCUGAUGAGACUGCAGCCUUUCACGUUUUUGCCAGAGCUCAAAUACAGAGAGGUGCAUGCAAGUAUUUGGUAAGGGUGUGCAACAGAUGGAUUCAAAACAAUCCGGACACUUCAAAUAUGGCCAUAUCUGAAAUUACUUUUUUCUCAGGGUUUCUACCUAUUCAGAGUGAAUUGAAGCAGCUUGUGAAAAGUAACCGCUGUAACAUCAAGAGGACAGAAUUCAAAGGUCGUGCUCUCAACAUAUACUUUGAAGAAGUUACGCAAAUGCAAUGUUGUUUUGAAGUAACAAUGAAGAGGGCUUCGGUGGUGGCAGAUCUCCAAGGUGUUCCUGUCAUAACUUACAACUACUAUGAGCCUGACGAGAGAGGAGGAACGAUGAUGUAUCCUCGUCAAGAAUGCCUUUGAAAGAAAAACUCUUUACAGUUGAACUUAAUGUGUGUCUGUCGCAUGUGCAAAGAAUGUGCUCUGUUGUUUGAAAAAAAAACACAAAAACGUCUCAAAUUAUUUGAAAA